AUGGCAGAUCCAACGGCGAACUACGCUGCGCAUCUGGCUGCAAUCUGGGCACACCCGCAUACUCGGGCGCUACUGAUGAUGACUGGCGGCGCCAUCAUGACUGGACUCUACUACGAACAGUUCCGCUUAUCUGAAUAUACUAUCGACGAGCCUGAUCCAAAGCCACCAGUCGCAAUCGAAGUCUUCGAAGACGAACAGAAGAUGUUCGAUAACGUUGUGGUUGUAGAAGAUAUGUCUGAACCUCUAUCGCCAGCUCCAAAUGUUCCUGUCCCCUCUAUCUGGGGCCAUCCCAACUCCAUCUCCUACACGCCUGGUAAACCAUGGAAUCAAGCAACGAAAUCGUAUAUCAACGACGGUUAUGUGCAGGUCAACCCGACAGCAACACUUUUGUCUUUCCUGGUCCCUCUUGUCAUGUUGGUCUGUCUCCCAGUCUGGUUUGUCCGCAAAUGUAGCAAAACAAGCAGGAACUGUGCUGCACCAACAUCAGAUACGGACGGCGGGAUUCCAAAAGAUCUUGUCUGCAAUCGCACUCUUCCACCCUCCAAGACACCUACCACUCCGAGGAACACUCCGCCUAGUACGCCUACAUGCUCCUCAGACGCACUGCCGUCUAGUGUGCUCCAUGCCAUGGUUGGAGGAAGAAACCAUGCCGGUGCGCAGAUUCCACUGCAAGGUCGCUUUCCGUCUCUGCAAACAUCUCCUCCAAAGGAAUGGACAGAGCUUGGUCGACAAGUUGAAAAACCCAAGCACAAGCAUCAAGCCUCGCAGGCUCAGGCUCAUAAAAACCUGGAUGACAGGGAGAAGAUUGAGCAAACUUUAUCAGAUCGCAUUACUGGGCUUGAAGCAAGAGUGGUGCUUUUACAAGGCGAAUUGGAAGCGGCAAGCGACUGUACCAGCGACUCUGACAGGGCCGCGACAACAAACCCUGGGCCGCCGCAAGAUCACAUGAUCGAGAUCGGGGUAGACAAGGCCAGUAUCGCACCGGAAGAGAUAGCUAGCGAGCUUGUAGAAGCGUAUUAUUUGCUGGGAAACCGCGACGGAGAGGGUUCAAGGUCUCACACAGAGCAUUCAGACUUGGCACGAUGGUCUGUGGAAUUUAUGGAUACCGACGUCGAAACGGACGAUUUGUCACCAGCCUCGACUGCGGCAGCGGAAACGCGGAUUGAUAAAGGUAACUUCGCAGUAUUGCCGGAACAAUCAACUGCGAUUGUAGGGCCUCAGGAUCAUCCGACUGGAACCACCACCUCUAUAGCGAUCGUUGACGAUCAGACCGCUUCUUUCAAGGGGAUAUUUGAACAGAACGCCAACGAAAAGGCAGAGAGGGAGUCUGAACAUGAGACUACAGAAGGAGCAAAAAAUUCAACACGUCCAGAAGACAAUGGAGACAAGCUGGAAAGAACCCUGGAAAAGACAACAGAGGUGGAUACCUCGAGGAGCGACCGAAUUCCAGUAAACCUAUCGAAGCCAGAGGCAUUGAUGGGAAAUCCAGCUAGUACUGGUAGUACUCUAGGACCGGCGGAUCAACAUGCUAACUCGCCGGUCUUAGCGCCAAAAAACAUUGUGCUUCCACCGAUGCCCAGCCCGAGAUUGGCAGACUCUUACAAGGGUACUAAGUGGAUGAAAGCGAGCCGACAUGCCUCCAAGCUACCGGACAGUUUGAACUUCACAGCCCCCCAGCUGAAAUCAGCUCCAAGCAAUAACACGCCGCUUCACAUGUUAGGUGGUAGCCGUCAUGCAACACCAGCAGCAGCAGCAGAAGAAGAAGAAGAAGAAGAAGAAGAAGAAGAAGAAGAAGAAGAAGAAGAAGAAGAAGAAGAAGAAGAAGAAGAAGAAGAAGCAAGAAAAACAGACGAUCAAAGCCAGAAGACUAAAAGAAGCCAACCCCGAGCUCAGAAAGAGAGCGAGCAGAAUGGGCGGAAGAGCAAUGGGCCAGCCAUUCUACAGAUAGGAGACCAAGAGCAGUCGAUGCUGCAGGCGGCGGGAGAAACUCCCACGCACCCAGAUCCAGAAUUAAACCUCUCGCUCGCCUCUGCUGGGCCUGCUGCGUCUGCUGUGCCUGCUGCGUCUAUUACGUCGUAA